AUGCGUUUCGCCAGCUUCAUCGCCGUCGCCGUUGCGGCUGCUCAGAGCGUUGCCGGGUUAGGCAUCAACUGCCAUGGAGAUACGCGCUGUGGCAUCGCAUACCUCAGCGGAGGCCGUCUCUCGCAACUCGGCACCGUCAUCAAAACCAUCGAGGACACGCGCAAAUACGAAAACGGCGACGACAUUGCCUGCAUCGAAAUCGACUCGCUCAACUUCAAGGGCCCGUUCAAGAGCACGCUGUGCGCGUGGAUCGAAAACUACGACGACACCGUCACCGGCGCCGCAAUCAAGGCUGCCUUCCAGGAGCUGCUGGACUACGGAUGCGCCAUCUGCGGAGCGGUGCCGCUGCUCUAUGCAAAGGGCGUGGACGACGUCAACAAGGGAGAGCUGAAUGUCGAUUUGGUCGACAGUCUACCGGACAAUUGCAAGGCCAACGUGCCGUGCUCGGCAUGA